AUGUCGUCGCUCGCUCCCCCUCCAGACGCCAACGAUGCCAUCACUCCCUUGCAACAGCUCCUCAGCUCUCCCAACGUGCCACUCAAGUACUCGAUCGCACAGGCUUCCUCAUGGUCAGGCACCUACCAUCCCUCCAACAUCCUCCACAAUCGUCCGCACGAGAUGUACUCGAGGUGGUCCGGCUCCUCGCAGCAUGCCGUCAACUCUGCCUCCUCCUCUUCUUCCACCGGCACCGGCACCGGCACCGGCAUCAACCCUCCCACCUACCUCUCCCAGUCUGCUGGCACUCAGACCAACACAGCCGCCCCCUCCUCAUCCACCACCAGCGCCGCAUCCAACCCCGCAUCCAGCCCCUCCCUCUCGGCUGCCCUCCCGCCGCUCGCAUCCCAGUCCGCAGCCAGCAGCCGCCGCACCGCAUCCGUACCCGUCAUGAGCAACGCAGCAGCAUCAGCAUCAGCCAACGUACAAAAACAGUACAUCAUCCUCAAACUCGACAAGCCCAGCGUCGUGCGCUCCAUCACCUUUGGCAAGUAUCACAAGCCCCAUCCGUGCAACCUGCGCGACUUCAAGGUCUACGGCGCCACCUCCAUCGACUCCCUCCUCCCCACCUCCUCCGUCCACGGUAGACCCCCUGCCACAAAACGCCUCCUCCGCGGCGGCCUCAAGAACGACGCCAUCCCAGAAUCCUUCGAACUUCGCUGGCUCGAAGACGCCGCCACCGGCUCCGGCUCCGCUUCCUCCAUCGACGGCGCCAUCCGCAUCCCCGCAGACGGCGAGCCAGACCGUCGCUCCGCCACAAACGCGCUCGUCAACACCGGAAACGCCGUGCCCUUCGCCAUCCGCUACAUCAAGAUCGUCCCCCUCGCAGCCCACACGCCCAACUACAACUUUUCCAUCUGGCACGUCGCCCUCGCCGGUGUCUCCGAUCCCGCGCUCGUCUCUCGCGUCGCAAAGAGCUACGACCUCCACCGCCACUCCUCCACCACCCGCCUCAUCCUCAAGCACCUCCGCCAACACGGUCACCACACCGCCUUCCAGGCGCUCCUCCAGUCUUCCCGCCUCGCUCCACCCGCACCUGCCGAAGCGACCGCCGCUCUACACUCAAAGCUGCUCCCCUACAGUCCGCUCCGUCCCUUUGAACACCCGCUCCUCACCUCUCUCUUCGACGCUCUCGUUCGCCGCGGAAACUGGGACGAGGUGGAGAUCUGCCUCAAUCGCGCCGCCUACGGUGACGCCGCCGCCGCCGUCCAAUCCGCCGCCAACAGCGGCUCCAACACGCCCCUCUCGCCUUCCACCGCCAACCUCAGCCGCAGCGGCGUUUGGACGCAGCCUUGGCUCAAAUCCAUGUUCGCCUCCUACAUCUCGCGCCAAACCCCCAAACCCAGCUGGUCCCACAUCCAACCCUCGGCCCCCGCCUCGCUCCCCUCCGCCUCUCCCUACCACCCAUCCGCAGCACCUGCCCCUGCCUCGACGCCCAUUGCUCCCUCCGGUCGCGGCGGCCACGCCAUGGUCUUUGACUCCGACAAGGGCAUCGCAUACCUCUUUGGCGGCUGGGACGGCAAGCGCGACCUCUCCGACCUCUGGGCCUACCACGUCAGCGAGAAUCGCUGGCGACUCAUCUCUGCCGAUACCCAGCUCCAGGGUGGCCCCAGCCCGAGAAGCUGCCACAAGAUGUGCCUCGACGAAAAGAGCGGCUGCAUUUAUCUGCUCGGUCGCUACGUCGACUACGAGAGCGCAGACCAAGCCGAGCCCGUGCCCGCCGACUCGAUCGCCCACCCCUCCCGCACUACCCCUGCCGUCUCCACGCUGCCGGUCACUCCCUCCUCAUCCACCGCACGCACCACACGCGCCAACUUCCUUGCGCGCUAUCCCGAAUCCAUCGCUCGCGACAUACAGAUGAUCCUCUCCGACGCAUCUGCCGACACCGACGACAUUGGCACCGAAGGCGCUGGUGCUGGCGCUGGCGCUGGCGCUAGCGCCGCCGCAUCGACACCAGCGCCCGCUUCCUUGUCCGAGUCGUCGCCUCUGCUUGCUGGCAGCGGCGCCGGCUCUGCGGACACCAACAGCCGCUCUCCCAGACCCUCAACCCGCACACACAGCGCCGCGCGCACCGACUCGCAGCAGCGCACCGCCGCACCCGCAUCGCCACCCGGUCGCGAGGCCGACUUCUUCCGCUUCUCCACGCGCUCCGAGCGAUGGGAGCGCCUCAGCGCCGACACGCACGCCGACGGCGGGCCCAAGCUCAUCUUUGACCACGGCCUCGUCAUCGACGCGCAGAACCAGAUGAUGUACGUCUUUGGCGGCCGCGUCACCGACUCGGACCCCACCAAGUUUGAGUUCAGCGGCAUGUGGCGCUACGACAUCAUCCAGCGCAGCUGGACGUUUCUGUUCGACGACCGCACCUCCAACGGCGCCAAGAUCCUCAGCCGCUCGGGACACAGCAUGCUGCUCGACAGCGGCAGGCCGGGCGCGUCCGGCAUGUCGCCCUCGCAUACGCGCCAGAUCUGGAUCCUCGGCGGCCAGCGCGGCGCCUCGGCCACCUUCCUUGCCGACAUGUAUACCUACAACCUCGCCACGGGCGCCGUGCGCGAGGUGUCGCGCAACACGGCGCACAACGGCCCCGAGGCCGCCUUCACCCAGCGCGCCACCAUCGACGUGGCCGCGCGCGAGAUCAGCGUGUUUAUCGGCCUCAUCGGCGGCCGCACCGAGCGCAAGCGCAGCGCAUUCUGGAUCUACAGCAUCCCGCGCUCGUCAUGGCGCAAGGUGUACGAGUACGAGGGCGGCAUCUCCUCCGAGUUUGCCUCCGACACGAUCAGCGCUGGUGGAGGUGGCGGCGGCAUGGAAGGUGGCAUGGGCGCGGAUGAGGCCAUGCUGGGUGCAGGCGGGGCCGACGGCAUCGAUUUUGACGGCGAACUCGAGGGCGACGAGGUGCCCGAGUCCGGCCCGCUUCAGGCGCUUCCCGCCUACUCGGACGACAUGAGCGCCGAUGAAGAGAUGCCCAUCGACCCGCCUGCCAACAGCUGGACCGCCUACACGGGCCAGAACGCCGACGCGGCCGCAACGGGAGCGCCCGCAUUCGCCACCGCUCGAUCGCCGCACGCCUCAACGCCCAACGCCGGCCGCAACCGAGCGGACUAUGGACCGGGGACGUCCAGCGGCGUGCAUCCGACGGAGCCGCAGCCUCGGUACGCCACGCAGCUCGUAUUCGACGACCGCAAGAAGGUGUACUACCUGCACGGUGGCAACCCCGAGGAUGCAUCCGAUCGCUCGUACCGGCUCGACGACUUCUGGAGGCUGACGCUGCUGCGGCCGACACCGGGCGAGAUUCUGCGCCGCGCCAAAUUCCGUGUGCGUCGGCAGCGGUUCCUCGAGAUGACGCGCAACCUGGCGCGCAUGCCCAACGACUCGGACGACGACUUUGGCGCGUCGGCACCGAGUGCGGCCGUCGCGGGCGGCGAUGUGCAAAUGCAGCCGCAGCUGGGACUGGAGGCGCUCAUGUAUCUGCAGACCGAGGUAGGUGCGGUGGUGGACCACUCGGACGAGUCCGAGUCGCGUCUGUUCCGGCGGCUCAUGUCGCACCUGCUGAGUGCCGAGACGAGCGGCUGGACGGCGCGCGCGCCUGGUCUCGAUGGCAGCACGGACGAGGCGCUGAGCCCGCUGCGUGGCGAGGCUGCGCCUAGCUUGGGUGGCGGUGCGAUGGGCUCGUCGCCGCUCAACCCGAAUACGGGCUCGUCGCCGCACGACAGCUGGGGCGCCGCGGGCUUCAAGCGGCCGCGCGACGAGGCCGAGACCGAGGAGGCCGAGAUGGGCAGCUCCGUGUCGUCGCUCAUGAGUGCCGAGGACGGAUCCGAGACGAUGUUGUCGGCGUCGCAGGUGCUGCAGCACCGACUCAAGCGGAGCGCAGGCGCAUCUGCCGCGCCCAAGCUGCCCACGCUCAGCGUCCGGGACGACGAGGGCCGCCCCGCGGCGCUGUACGUCGAGCGAACGCGACUCUUCCGCGAGCUCAUCGAGUACUUUAACCCCGAGCUCGUCGAGCCGCGCGCCGAGCUGGACGGCUGCAUCGAAGCCGCGCUCGGCGCCUAG